UCGCGAGCCUGCAUCUCUCCCUGUCUAUUCUGUCGACUUCUUUAAUAGAUGGCGUCAAAUGCACCUACCCCAAUUGCAAUAAUUGGAAACGGAUGCCGCUUAGCAGGGGCUAUCUCCAACACCUCCAAGCUAUGGGAGCUUCUACUAGACCCACCAGACCUCGUGAAGGAAGCACCUGCGGAUAGAUUUCGAUGGGAAGGAAUCCAUCAAGAAGAUGGCCGCCACAAUGGCAUCAGAACUAAACGCGCAUACUGGCUAGAGGAGAACCUUCGCCUGUUCGACCCUCAUUUUUUCAGUAUCUCCCCAUCUGAGGCAGAGACCAUGGACCCGCAGCAGCGCCUCCUUCUCGAAUGCGUAUACGAAGCAAUGGAAUCCGCUGGUCUUACUCUCGAAGGUCUCCGAGGGAGUGACACGGGUGUCUUCGUGGGACAGAUGUUCGACGACUACCACGAGCUUUCCGUAAAAGAUCCUGUGUUCGCUGGCGGCCCGAUGCUUACGACCGGCACCGUGCGAAGCAUAACCGCGAAUCGCGUUUCGCACGUCUUCGACUUCCGCGGUCCAUCCAUGUGCAUCGACACGGCAUGCUCUUCCAGUAUGGUUGCGGUCCAUCUCGCAGUCGAGUCUCUACGGCAAGAGGAGUCACGCGUCGCUUUCGCUUGCGGAGUGAACCUUAUCGUGGUGCCGACGGUCUUCCAAGCCGGGUCGAGAAUGCGGAUGCACAGCGCUGACGGCAGGUGUAAGAUGUUUGAUGAGUCGGGUGACGGCUACGGACGGGGAGAGGGGAUCGGUGUUCUGUGUCUGAAACGAUUAGACCAUGCGAUUGCCGAUGGGGAUAUUAUUGAAGCGGUGAUACGUCACACAGGAACCAAUCAUGAUGGGCGAUCGCGGACUCUCACUGCACCGAGUCCGGAUGCGCAGGCUGAGUUGAUUCGCCAGACGUAUUGGAAGGCUGGGCUUGAUCUUGCUGCGCGAUCCUCUAGGCCUCAAUAUGUUGAGGCUCACGGACCCGGCACCCGAGUAGGUGAUCCAGCUGAAGCCGAAGCGAUAGAAAAAGCUAUCUUCCUUACUGACCAGGAGCACGCCGAUGAUGACAUUCUCCAUGUUGGGUCAAUCAAGACUAUCGUGGGACAUACCGAAGGCACUGCAGGCAUAGCAGGAGUCUUACGUGCUGCGCUUGCCUUACAACAUGGAAUAAUACCGCCAAAUCUGCAUUUCACCAGCAUAAAUCCAAAGGUCGCAGCGCGGGCACCGCAUCUACGAAUUCCUACAACAGCCCAACCAUGGCCGAGUUUGCCUGAAGGAGUUCCGCGCCGGGCAUCUGUGAACAGCUUCGGUUUUGGAGGUACCAAUGUCCACGUUGUCAUGGAGAGCUUUGAUAAUUCAAUUUCACCACAACGCACAAAACUGGAUAUCAUGGCAGAUGAUGAAUCCCAUGUGUUCACGCCUUUCGUCUUCUCUGGAAACUCUGAGGAAGCUCUCAUAGCCACGCUGGAAGCACAUCUUGCCUAUCUUGGUGAAGAAGGGAAAGAGGUGUCUUUGCGAGAUCUGGCAUGGACUCUCCAGUACAAACGCUCGCUGUUCGAUUACCGUUGCUCGAUUGCUGCCAGAAGUCAUGGCGAGCUCAUCGACUGCCUUUUGGAAAAGAUCACCACAUUGAAGGCCAAACCGGGACCAGAAAAUACUUUUGUACGCGGGACCAAUCGCAAACCCCACAUUCUGGCCGUCUUCCCGGGUCAAGGAGCCCAGUAUGCUACGAUGGGAAGAGAGAUCAUUGAAUCUUCUUUAUUCGCCCGGGGAGUCAUUGAUAAGCUUGAUGAAGCUCUUGCCACACUACCUUCCGAAGACAGGCCACCGUGGAAACUAAAGGACGAGCUUUUACUCGAAGAGAAUGAGUCGAGCUUACAUGAAGCUGUCAACUCCCAAUCGUUGACAACAGCUGUUCAGAUUUUGCUAGUCAGCUUGCUAAAAGCCGCGGGAAUAGAACUUGAAGCAGUGGUGGGUCACUCAUCUGGCGAGAUCGGUGCUGCGUUCGCCGCAGGCUUCAUGAGUGCGGAAAAUGCAAUUCGAAAUGCUUAUUACCGGGGAUUGCACGCUGGCCGCGCGGGUAGCAAUGGCAAGCAAGGAGCGAUGUCUGUAGCGUCUAUUCCUCAGGACGAGGCUGAUGCUCUUUGCGAUCUGCCUGACUUCAAGGGUCGGAUCACGGUCGCGGCUGUCAACAGCUCUUCUGGAGUCACGUUAUCUGGAGAUCUUGAUGCUAUCGAAGAGAUAGAAGCCCGUUUGAGUGGUGAUGGUAUUGCUAUUAAGCGAGUUCCUGUCAAAACGGCGUACCAUUCGCACCAUAUGUUACCUUACGCUGCGCCUUACCAGGAAUCGCUCGAAAAGACCACACAUGAUAGUCCGACGACGAAGAAUGGCCGGACCGCCUGGUUCUCUUCAGUACAUCCGGGUGUGCAGAAGACUUUCGUGAGCUUACAGUACUGGUCAGAAAACAUGGUUCGGCCUGUGCUAUUCCAAGACGCUAUAUCCGCUGCAGUCAAAGAUAUAGGUGUGCCAGACUUAGUAUUGGAGGUUGGUCCACAGCCUGUGCUCAAGCAAGUUAUUCGAAAAAUCAUCGCCGAGAUCGACAACACAAGCUCCGUGCACAUUUGCCUGCUCAAACGCGGUUCGGACGCCGUGACCUCCUUCUCAGGAGCGCUGGGCCUCAUAUGGAGUAACUUUGGACGCGAAGCAGUCAACAUGGCAAGCAUAGACCGAGUGCUCUCUAGUGGUAAACCGCCAAAGCCAGUGAAGAACCUACCAACAUACCGCUGGCAAUAUGACAAAGAGUACUGGUGGCAGAGUCGGUUGAUGCGCAAGGAGCUCCAGUCUACAACUCCACCGGCUGAGUUGUUGGGAUCAGAAGUCUAUCUUAGCGCAAGCCACGAAGCGAAAUGGCGGCAAUUUCUUGACCCAAAGCAGAGUCCGUGGUUGUUGGAGCACAAGAUUGAUGGAAAAUUCGUGCUCCCUGCCUCCGCUUAUGUUACGAUGCUUGUCGUUGCGAUACAAACCAGAUAUACAGAUCGCAACAUCUUGUCGAUUGACCUCAAAGACCUCCGCCUCCAGCAACCAAUCGCCUUUGCCAGCGAGUAUACCAAGACUGAGGUGGUUUUGACGCUACACGACCUGGAUGAGACCUCACAGUGCAUCAAAGGCUCAUUUACAAUCGACUCCUGCGCGGAUCAAGCACAUGGAGACUUAAUAACAGCAUCCCGAGGCGGCAUUUGCAUUAUAUUUGGUGAAGACGAAGACCGGUCAUAUCCUGAAGUCGUUAGUCAACCACAAGAACUGGUUGAUGUGAUGCCGGACACGUUCUACCGCCAUACGACGUCACAAGGCUUGCACUACCAGGGGUCGUUCCGUAACAUCGUCUCGGCGCAACGAAAGAUGGGCUUUGCAAUCGGCCAGAUAACGCUGACGCCUAGCGAGCUUAUCCUCCACCCUGCAGUGCUGGAUGGUCUGUUUCAGGGCGCGAACAUCGCUGGCAAUUUCCCUGGAGAUUCUGCGCUGCCAGACGUUGUAGUGCCUUCACUGAUUCGAAGGAUUACUUUGUUCCCUACACGGUGCAAAGAGAUCACUGAUCGUGCCGGGACAGUAAAGUUUCAAGCCAUUUCCAAUGCAGACAAGAUUUCGAGUGGACUAUUACAUUCCGGUGACACGGGUGUAGCGGUGCAAUUCGAUGGGCUUGUGUUGUCCCCUUAUCGUUUAACAACCUCCGAUGAGGAUGUCAAGAUGUACUCGGAGGUUGUCUGGGAACCAGUAUAUCGCCCAUGGAAGGAGCAUGCUCACAAUAAUCUGCUUGAUUCCGCUGAAACACACGCAAGUAGUGACACUUCAUCGACACACAGUCUCUUCUCAGCAGGGGAUGGGAGUGUCUCGCCGGCGAGGUCAUCUUCGCCAUCCCAAAAGAGCAGAGAAACCCUUAUGAUCUUGGGCACUGCUCUCCAUAUCGCUAAGGAGCUCGAGGAACUACUAGCGACUGCUUUCCAACGCGUUGUGUGUAUCUCGUCGCUCGAGGACAUCAACAAGGAUGUAGAUGUCCCAUACGUGGUUCUAUCCAUUGUGGAGCUCGAGGAACCUAUCUUCAUGAAUAUGACGCGGAAGAAAUGGCAGGCUAUUCAACGGCUAUUCAGCGAUGCAACAGAUGUGCUAUGGGUGACAAGCGGAACCAUGUCUCCGAAGAGCAUCGAAGCAGUGUAUGCAAACAUGACUGUUGGUCUCGCUAGGUCUAUUAGGCACGAGUUGCUACACCUCAGAGUGCAGAUUCUCGACAUUGAUGAACCUAAGUCUGUUACAGCACAAUUCAUUGCUGAUGCAAUGGCUCACUGGCACGACUCUGAUGCAUCCGCGACGAUCGGUCCCCACGCUGAGCUCUCCUAUAAAGGAGGCGCUGUUUAUGCUCCGGUCGUCCAUCGUCUGGGCACUCUGAACGAUCGUUACAACUCCCAGCACCGGAAGAUCACGCGCAAGGUGGAUCCGAGGAGAGAGGUCGUUGAGCUGGUCCAGACGAAGUCGCAGUCAUACUCGUUCCAGGUUCUCCCACAGAUUGGACAUCUAACCGACCAGGGGAGCCACACGCCUGUCGAGAUUCUGCAUUGCACGCAACUCGCGUUCAAGAUCAAAGGCUUGGGAUAUCUCUACCUUGGCAUCGGUCGUGCCACUGAGGGGCAGUUCUACUUGGUGCUCCUAGAAAAGAUUUGUACCUUGGCGAGAGUUCGCAGUGACAGAACAUUUCCUUGCGGGCUGUCAUCCCCACCCGAUUCAACAUUUCUCCAAGGUAUUGUUGCGGAAUUCGUGGCUCGGACAGUUAUUCGCUUCAGCAGUGCUCACAACAGCAUGGUUUUGAUAUGCUCCGAUCCUAUCUGGGUGUUCCGCAUCAAAAGCCUGGCAAGGGAAUUCAGUAGAAGCGUUGUCUUUGUCACUGGUAUGCACAAAUCCGGCUGCGAGGGAGCGACGUACAUAUCGAAGCACUCCCUGGACGUAGCUGUCUGUGAGAUUAUCCCCACGGAAACUUCGGUCGUCGUCAAUCUUUCCAAUCGACCAGAAGACACUGAGCUAUUUUCUAGGGCCCGAGAAAUACUCAAGGAUCGUUCAAUCACGUUCAAAGACAAGAAUAUCAUCUUUCAGAAGCGCGCGCUACUGAAGCAUGGGGAAUCUAUCAAGAAAGAAGUUUUGACAUGGCUUACAGAAAUUUCCAAGGAUGCUUCCAGCUCUGGUAUUCCCGUAGAUCUUUUGUUCGAGGGAGAUUCUGCACUCCAGCCACGCGAUAUGCUGUCUAAUCUGGACCGCUCAGCGUCAGCCAUCGCAAAUUGGAGUCAAUCCACCGUUCAGGUACCAAUUCGAACGGCUACUGAGGCUGUACGGUUCAAGGCAAGCAAUACUUAUCUUAUAGUUGGAACUAGCGAGAUUGCUCGGUCGAUCUGCGAGUGGAUGGCGAGUUGCGAAGCGAAGUACUUUGUCAUGGUCAGCCGAAACACCGAUGUUGUAGCCCCAUGGGCCCAGAUCAUGCACACAAAAGGGAUCGUCGUCCGACUCCAUUCUGCGGACAUAACCAACGAAGCCUCAAUAAAUCACGUCAUAGCUUCUAUCAAGACCCCCGAUGUGGACAAUGGGUUUGCGCUUCCGCCGAUAGGGGGUCUCAUCGAUCUGGCCACUAUAUUCCGCGACGGCGCUUUUACAAACAUAUCCUACAACGCCUUUAGAGCAGUCGCAGACGUAAAGGCCAAAGGAAGCCUCCUCCUCCACAAUUGCUUUUCCAACUUGCCACUCGACUUCUUCAUCCUGACAUCCAGCCUCUCGUACAUCACAGGAAAUCCCGGGCAGGCGAACUACAACGCCGGCAAUGCCUUCAUGGCCUCGCUCGCACGGUACCGUCGAAGCAUAGGCCUCCCUGCCUCGGUCGUGCAUCUAGGUACCGUAGCUGGGAUCGGACAUAUGGCAAAGCAGGGUUCUGCCGGGCCAGGAGGACUGCUCAAUGAAGACGUGAGGGCUGGCGCGUAUCCGAUCUCGGAGAGGGACUUACAUCAGAUCUUUGCGGAAGCGGUGCUCGCGAGUCCGGCGGAUUCUAGGAUGGACGCAGAAAUCAUAACAGGCUUGAAGGAUAUUGACCGAAGCUUCGGUAAUCGACUUCACUACGUGAAAGAGCCUAUGUUUAGGAAUGUUAUUAGAGACAGCUCUCGUAAUACUGGGCUGACGUCUUCGGUUGGAUUGAGCGCGAAGCUUUCUCUGCGCCAGCAACUUGCUGCCGCUAUUGGAACCAAGACGGACGCAGUCAAGAUUGAAGAAGCUCUUUUGGACAUUGUGCGUCCAGCCUUCAUCGAGAAGUUGAAGGCCUUGCUGCAGGUGGAAUAUGUUGAUGACGCGAAGAGUGUAAUUGAUCUGGGCAUUGAUAGUCUCGCCGUUGCUGAAGUGGAAAGCUGGGUGAAGAAGGAGCUGAGGGUGAAGAUACAGCGAAGCGUCUUCUUUGGAGGCAGUGUUGGGGAUGUUGUUGGGACUGUGGUGAAGUCGUUGGACAAGGAGUGGGUUCUGGACAGAUAGGGGUAAUCCAAAGUUACGGCCGUAGAGUUGGAUAGCAGUAUACGUCAAAUUGAGCCAG